AUGGACCCAGAGGUAAUGGCAGCCUCUUUGGGUCGUUUAAAAGUAACGAUUGAAACUACAAUAAACCCAAAUCAUCGUCAUGAUGAAGCUCACGAAAAGGAACAAGAUCGCAUUCGUCAAGAAAUUUGCGAUUCUCAUCGUUAUCGUUCAUUCGCAAAUAUCAGAAAUAAAAAUAGUGUAAAGUGGUAUUCUGAUGGUCAUGAUUACUUUUGGGCACUUUCGGAAAUCUUGGAGAAUGCAAAGGAAUGCAUUUAUAUCUUGGACUGGUGGUUAAGCCCGGAGCUGUACCUUCGUCGUCCACCUGCCUUAUUUGAGGAGUAUAGACUGGACAGGCUCUUGAAAAAGAAGGCAGAAGAAGGCGUACAAAUUCGUGUCAUCGUAUACAAAGAAGUCACCCAAGCCAUGACUUUGAGCAGUGCAUACACUAAGCACAGACUGGAAUCACUUCAUGAAAAUAUUCGUGUUUUGCGUCAUCCUGAUCAUAUGGGAGGAGAAAUAUCGAUGAAGUUCAGUCAUCACUCAAAGUUGGUUGUUGUUGACAAUGAAACUUCAUGUGUGGGAGGCUUGGAUAUUUGUUACGGUAGAUGGGACACGCAAACCCACCCGCUCUCCGACGUUCACGUUGGAGAAAUGCUCGACUAUACACUAUUCCCAGGUCAAGAUUACAACAACGCAAGAGUGGAAGAUUUCCAACAUGUUGACGAUUAUAUGAGCAAUCAACAAAGCUCUCUCGUUGUUGCUCGUAUGCCGUGGCACGAUGUACACGUUUCCAUUCAUGGUCCUGCAUCUCUAGAUACAGCACAUCUUUUCAUCGAAAGAUGGAAUUUCAUCAAAGACUUAAAAUAUCCCAAGGACAAAACAUACCCUCUGCUAGCCUUCCCACAUGGAGCACCAUCAUUGGAAGAAGUAGAACCUGAGCACGAUGCGAUCAAAUCCCAUCCAAAUACGGAAGAAUUCCAUGCAGCUGGUCAAAUCUUCCGUCACCCAUGGCAUGCGCAACAUCGAAUGAUUACGCAACCCGAAGGUAUUGAGCAAUCGGUGCAAAAUAUGGACGUUCAAGUAGUGAGAAGUUGUGCCGAUUGGAGCAAUGGAACGCUGACCGAGACUUCAAUUCAGAACGCAUACAUUGAGAUGAUCCGCGAAGCAAAUCAUUGCAUCUACAUUGAAAACCAAUUCUUUGUUACUGCAACGCAACCAGGUACCCCAGUCGUCAAUAUGAUCGGAGCUGCUUUGGUUGAAAGAAUUUUAUCGGCAGCACGCGAUAAACGCAAAUUCAAAAUCAUUGUCAUCAUUCCUACGAUUCCGUGCUUUGCUGGAGAAUUGGAUCAAGCAGCCGGAAUUCGUGCUAUCAUGGCAUGGCAAUACAAGUCAAUCUCUCGUGGCGGAAAGAGUAUUAUGGAACAGUGCCACGAGGCAGGAGUUGAUGCAAGCGAAUACAUCAGCUUCUACAAUUUGAGAGGUAUCGAUCGAAUCCAAUCAGCUCACGUUCGUGAAAUGGAAGAAAAGAGUGGGGUCACUUUCCACGAAGCUCAAGUUGCGGCAGCUCGAAUCUUCCUUGGUAAAGAAGGAUACGUGAGCAAAAAAGCAACAGUAUCCAUUCGUGUUGCAGAUGACAAAGAUCGAAAGGACAAUGAUAAAGAAAAAGGCAAAGGAAUUCAACAAGUCCCAUUACCCCAAACAACUGAGGAAGCCAUGGAAAUUUUGAAAAAGUUCGAGGCUGCCACACCUCCUCAAGAUGGAAGCGUGAGAGAUUCGAUUGCAGCAAAUGUUUUGCAUGGCCAGAAGCCGAUCAAGGAUGAACCAUGGCCAACGCAAGAUGAAGCACAAGAAAAGGAGGCUUAUGUUACGGAAGAAAUAUAUGUGCACAGCAAAUUGAUCAUUGUGGAUGAUCGUAAGGUUCUGAUCGGUAGCGCAAAUCUCAAUGACCGUUCUCAAAAAGGAUACGGUGAUAGUGAAACUGCUGUGGUGAUUGACGAUUUGGAUUUGUUCGAAAGUCGAAUGAAUGGCGAAAAGUACAUGGCUUCACGAUUUGCCGCCAGUUUCCGAAGACAUUUAUGGCGUCAACAUUUGGGAUUGGUCGAACCCCAAUAUUGCACACCUGAGACUGCCAAAUCAUACCCCACCGCUGCAAUGCGUCCAGCUCCACACUCGAACCCUGACCCUUCGCGAUCAUUAAGUGGAAAGGAUGCAGAGUGGGAAAAGUUGGUAGAAGAUCCAUUGGGAGAUGAAGUGGAACAAUUAUGGAAAGGACAGGCUCAAAAGAACACAGAGAUUGCUGAUGAAAUUUUCCAAGUGGUACCAACGGAUAAAGUUCGCACUUGGAAGCAAUACCAUGAAUUCUUUGUUGCACGUGGACCAAGAACAGGACAUGUUGCCGAUCUGAAUAUGCCUUUACAACAUAUCAAAGAACGACUUAGUGAAUGGCGUGGAGGUUUAGUCAACAUGCCAUUACAAUUUUUGGUCGAUGAACACUUGGAAAAAGGUUCCCAUGGUCUUGAAGUCAAUUCAGCAACCCUCGACAUCUACCUCUAA